AUGGCUGACAUUGAGGAACGUCUGCGCAGUCAUGCCGAGGCCUUCGACGGCCUGCUAUCAUUGAUACCUGCCAAAUACUACUACGGAGAGGAUACAAGUGACCAGUGGCAGCGAAAAAAGCAGACCAAGGAACAAGCCCGCAAAGCGAAGAAGGCAAAGUUGGACCCUGACUCUGCAAAGACCGCCAAGGAUGUCAUGGAAGAAAAUGCACGAAAGCGCAAGCGCGGUGAUGAGGAGGGCGCAGAGGACGCCAGUGACAGCGACUCGUCUGUUUCAGAAUUGGGCACAGAACUACCCAAGGAAGGCCUAAAACGAGGAGACGCAAAGAAGAAACAGAAGAAAGAGGCUCAGGAGGCAGAGAAGGCUGCCUCACAGUCGAAAGAAGAGGCCGAAGAACGGAAAAAGCUGAAAGCCCAGAAAAAAGCCGAAAAGAAGGCUGCACAGCGAGAAAAGAAGAAGGCCAAGGAACUUGAGAAGAAGGAAAAGAAGCAGGAAGAAGGAAAACCUACCUCAGAGUCGUCGCAAAAGUCCCAAUCGAGUGCCAAGCCUGAGAAGCAAAAGUCUGCACCGGAGGAGGAUGAGGACGAGGACGAUGACAACGAUGCGGAUGAGGUGGAACAAGUUGAGGGCUUCUCCCUCGAUUUCAACGAAGAACCCACUUCUACCGCCUCAUCGACACCAAACUCGCCCGGCUUCGACGCCUCUAAUAAUGCUUCCGGCAGUUCAUCAAUAUCCUCUAUAGUCCCUCCCAGCGCAUCCGCAGAUACCUCCAAGAAAUCUUCAUCCGAACAACAAAAAGUGCCCAAAGCCACACCAGAGGAACUGAAGCAACGUCUACAGAAGCGUCUCGACGAGCUUCGGGCUGCCCGCCAUGCGGACGGUCUCAACGGCAGGCCCGCGCGGAACAGACAAGAGUUGAUUGAAGCGCGGCGGCAAAAGGCUGAACAGCGCAAGAAACACAAGAAAGAGCUCAGGCAAAAAGCCAAGGAAGAAGAACAACGGAAACAAGACGAGGCCAUGGCCCGACGCUUCUCACCUAGCGGAUCCGGCUCUCUUCUCGCAUCACCCCGCUCCCCGGCCGAUUCGACUGCAUCUACCUCGAACAACUUCGCAUUCGGCCGUAUUACGUUUGCAGAUGGUACACAAGUUGACCCUUCGCUGUCCAGCCUUAUCGAGGGGCACAAGCGCAAAGGUCCUCAGGACGCCAACACGGCCCUGAAGGCCGCUGAGGCCAAGCAGUCUCGUCUCGCUACCAUGGACGCAGAGAAACGCGCAGAGAUCGAAGAAAAGGACAUGUGGCUGAAUGCAAAGAAGCGCGCCCACGGCGAGCGAGUUCGCGACGACACCUCCCUCCUAAAGAAGACUCUGAAGCGCAAGGAGACUGCGAAGAAGAAGUCAGAACGGGAAUGGAAGGAACGUCUCGAGGGCGUGGCUAAGGGCAAAGAUGCAAGGCAGGCCAAGCGCGAAGAGAACCUGCGCAAGCGAAAAGAAGGCAAAGGAGCAGGUAAGGGCAAGGCCCGACCCGGCUUCGAAGGUAGCUUCAAGGCCAAGGUUGGUGGCAAGAAGAAAUAA